UUGGAAGGGUGGGAUUUCCAAGAUCCCCGAGCGCUGUAUUUUUGCCUCUCUAUCUUUGGAUCUUUGUGGCUCCCUGGUAGCGAAAGGAGAUUGGCUUAAUCUUUCACAGCUACAAACAUUGCAAAUUGGAUCUUCAAAUGCAUCUCCAACUGGAAUAAAUAAUUGAGGAAUGUGGAAAUUACAGAAUGCUCAACAGCGCUGGAAAGAGAUUUAAACCCACCAAAUAUAUCCCGGUAUCCACAGCUGCCACACUUCUUGUGGGAUCGACUACUUUAUUCUUCGUUUUUACGUGCCCCUGGUUGACCAAGGCUGUUUCGCCCGCUCUUCCUCUCUACAAUGGCGUCGUCUUCCUCUUCGUCCUGGCCAACUUCAGCAUGGCCACCUUCAUGGACCCUGGAGUGUACCCCCGAGCCAACGAGGACGAGGAUAAGGACGAUGACUUCCGGGCCCCGCUCUAUAAGAACGUGGAGGUAAGGGGGGUCCAGGUCCGGAUGAAGUGGUGUGCCACCUGCCACUUCUACCGGCCCCCGCGAUGCUCCCACUGCAGCGUCUGCGACAACUGUGUGGAGGACUUCGACCACCACUGCCCCUGGGUGAACAACUGCAUCGGGCGCCGGAACUACCGCUACUUCUUCCUGUUCCUGCUGUCUCUGAGCGUGCACAUGGUGGGCGUGUUCUCCUCCGGCCUGCUCUACGUGCUCCACCACCGCGAGCGUCUGGCCGAGCUGCAGACCGCGGUCACCAUGGGGGUGAUGUGUGUGUCGGGCCUCUUCUUGGUACCUGUCGUGGGGCUCACCGGCUUCCAUAUGGUGCUGGUGGCCCGGGGGCGCACCACCAACGAACAGGUGACGGGCAAAUUCCGCGGAGGAGUAAAUCCCUUCACGCGGGGUUGCCGUGGCAACGUGGAGUAUGUCCUGUGCAGUCCGCUGGCUCCCAGAUACACGGUGGACCUCAGGAAAAAGCCCCCUGUGAAGAUCCAGCCCCCCUUCCUCCGGCCUGAUCUCUCCGACUGCCAGAUCAUCAUCAAGGUCAGCGACAAUGGCCUUCACAGCACGGUGAUCAGCUCCAAGUCCAAAAGCAGCCUAAAUGUCCUGGAUGAGACUGACACACAGCCCCCUCUGCCCCCCAAGGCUGACCGGUACAACCAGCUGAAAAAUCAGAUCACCGCCACCGAAGAGAGUUCACUGCCUGGGAAGAUCCACCCCUCCACCCCAGCCAUGUACAAAUUCCGUCCCUCCUUCGGCACCAUGCCUAAAGUCCACUACCAUGCCACUGGAGAGAAGAUCUCGAUGCCCGACGACCCAAAGACGCCCGCCAUCUUGGAAGAGGGCGUCCGCGCCCACGACUACCGCUCGGAGCCCAACCUGGACCUCCCCGAGUACGGCAGCGCGCCCCUGCACCGCACCUUCCAGUCCUCCCCCCUCCAGCUCGACGCCUACCCGGCCAGCAGCCACACCCUGUCCCUGAAGCAGGCCCACCACCUCCACCAGAGGGCCACCAAGGGCCAGCUGCCGGCCCUGCAGCCCGAGACGCUCUCAUCCAGCCCCUACAAGGGCGUCUUCUCCCCCGGCCCGCUGUCCAACCGCAACGGCAGCCUGUCCUACGACAGCCUGCUCAACCCCAGCGUCUCCCCGGCCGCCAUCGCCACCGAGUUGGCCGCCCACCCAGGCCUGCCCUCCAUGGGCUUCCACUCACCCUACCUGCCCACCAAAAUGUGCCACAUCCGGGGCCCCGAACUGAAGAGGCAGCAGCAGCAGCAGCAGCAGCAGCAGCAGCAUCAGCCGGUGGUGGCGGCGCCCGGCUACAGCCCGGUGAUGCAGGCCCGGGGGAUGGGCCGCCACUCGCCCCUCUCCAGGGAGAGGGAGCCGUCGCCGGUGCGCUACGACAACCUCUCCCAGACCAUCAUGGCCUCCAUCCAGGAGCGCAAGGAGCUGGAGGAGAGGGAGAAGCGGCAGGUGCUCCACGGGCGGCCGCAGACCCCCGCCUACGGCCACGACCCGGGCACGUUCGACAGCCCCGGGGGCUACGGGCCCGCCAGCGCCUGCUGCCCGGACGGGCCCCGCGGCUCCUCCGUCUCCAGGGGCCCCACGCCCCCGGCCUACGGGGGCUCCAGGGACAACUUGAUGGGGGCGGGGCUGGGGUUGUACGGCCAGCGAACGCCCGUGUCGCGUCACGCGACGCUGGGCCGCGCGCCGAGGACUUCCUCCAGCUCCCUGCACACGGAUCACAGCAGCACCAGCAGCAGCCAGGGCCGGCCCGCCUUUCAGGAGGGCCUGUACCGCUCCCCGGGCCACCACCCCCACAGUUCCCCCGCCCUGCCCCGGUCCCCCUCUUACACCAACCAGAAACUCUCCUACAUCAGCGCGCUGGAGAGGACGGACUCGCCCCGCCUGGGGGGCCCAAGGGAGGCCAUGAUGCAGGGCAAGAUGAACGGCCAAAUGGACUGCCACGCCAUCUCCCAGCCCCCACCCCCGAGUCCCGGUCGCCACGCACACAAGGGGGUCCGAAAGGUCACCGGGGUCGGCGGGACGACCUACGAGAUAUCCGUGUGACCGUCCCAACGGCAACAACCAAACAUUCAGUUUUCAUAAGGCAACCCGACUGCCUUACAUACACACAAAAACACACACCCACACACCCACACACACGACCAGGGCAGAUCCACAUCUGGUGGUCCCUUUUUGAACUUCUGGAGAUCAACCAAUUGUAGGACUGGCUCGGAGGUUUCAUCAGAUCCGAGGACCUCUGCUGCUCUGCUCUAGCAAAUGGCUUGGUUGCGUUUGUACUGCAAGGGCAUGGGAUUGUUCAUGAGUACUGCUGUGUGCUGUAUGGAGUACUGUGUCCUUAUGUUUUGUGGCUCCUUAACUUGAACAUCCAACUCUGUUGCCCUUACAUCCCGUCACCGGCCUGGCACACGCACACACCCACACCCACACCCACACCCACACACACACACACACACACACACACACACACACGCACACCAUGUUAUCUUAACAUGGAUCAUUCAUCUCAUCUGUGUGAAGACGAAUGGUCUUCUAUCAAAUGAACUGACCUCAAAAAGUCAUUGGUGCUUCACAUGAAACCCCUUUUCCAAUCAUUCCUUUACACAUUGGAUUUUAGAGGCCGUAGAACCGCUGAGUGUUAAUUCAGCACCCGGUAGACAGGAUAUUCACACAGGAAGCUAGGGGGCGCGGGGGGAGGGAAUUCAACUAACCAUGAAAAAGACUUAACUUCCAUGCCAGGAAUUGAAAAUCAUCUAACAAUCAUGUUUAAUGCUUGUUCUUACAGGAAACAAUUACAAUGUCCAUAGCUGACGAAAGAAAAGUCUCGGUGUGGACUAUAAUCGCUAGAAAUUCCCUUACCAACUUUCUACAAUCUACUGUCAGUGUUAAAACCACAGACAUAGCCACGACUUCAAGGGCUGCAGAGCUUCGAGGCCUGGACCAGUUUAAAAGAGAGUGGUGCUUGAAUAUUUUCCUGUGCGUCGAUGGUGGAAGCUGUACUUAUAGUGCGUUCUUUAGUGAUAGAUUUUGACUUGAUUUCAACAUUAGCCAUACAAGUGCUUAGUUUUAGUCCAAGAUCAUCUGAAUACCUCGUGGAUGAAGGUUCUUUCCAUCCUCACACAACAUGAGGGCACCUUUUCUAGUGACACCACUCAGUCCCUUUUUCUAGAAACUUCUGUGGAGUGCCAUUGAGUUUCUGUUAAAAAAAAAAUAGGAGUAAGAAUAGUGCAGAGAAAGCAAGAGAGAGAAGCCAUUUUCAUUAUAUUGAAAUGAAGGUGGUCAGCCAUUAAUUAUUUUGUAGUUUUAUUUGGUGUAUUUACUUUUUUUAUAUAGCCAACCUCAAAUAUGUUUGAUACAUCUUUUAUACAGAUACUAAAGCUUGGAUUGGCUGUUCUUAUUUUGAGUGGACAAUUUUAUUUUGAUAAUUUAUAACUUCACCGAAUAUACAAGUUACUAAAUGAAAAGAUAAAAAAAUCACAUAUA